CCAUCACCUGCUUCGGCACUCGGUACUUUCCUCGUCAACUGUAUGAUUGCUUCUGGGAACUGUUAAACCAUCGUUUGUGACUUCCAAUUCAUCGCCAAGUUGUAAGAAGAGCAGUCACGAUGCCUGGUGUACUUGCCCGCAGAACGCGAACCCCUCGCGGGAAACUGUCCUCCUCCUCCAAGCUACCUGCCUCAACUAUCGACAGCUUCGCCUCGGCCUCGAAACUACAGAUUGGGAAGGAAUCGAGCAAGAAGGCUUCGGACGCUGCCGGCCGCACUUCCUCCGUCGAGAUCGUCCUCACGUCGAGAAAGAGGAAGGUCGAGACCGGCGUAGAGCCCACUUCAAAGAAGCCGUGCCACAAACCUGGAGCCCUGCGAGCUGAACCUGCCACUCCUGUAUCCGGGAAGAAGAAGAGGGUUACGUUUGCCGACUCGGAGAACGUGCCCCUGACACCUAGCCGCGUUGCGCCGACCCCGUCCUGCAAUCGGAAGCGCCAGUUUGAAGCAGACGACACUACGCAGGCUGAGGUUCUGCUUGAGCGCCUGAAUCUCCAGUCACCUGUGUGCAAGCGGACCAAAACCACCGUCGACAGAAGGUCUCCAAAAAAUGACUUUGAUCUUCCCCUGGAGCUCCUGGAUCUCCUUGAUUUGCACGCGGCCUUCCUCAAGACGCUGAGCAUGCAGUAUGCGCACCUCGGCACAAACUCACCGAUUGACCUGCGCACCAUCUUCUCGAGCGUCACUCGCACCUGGGGCAAGCGGCAGGUCACACUGGACGACAUCCAGCGGCUGGUUGGCGUUCUUAGUUGGACUCCGGUCAAGAGCGACAGGGCGCAGCAACAGCAGCUCAACUCGCCCUUCUUCCUCUCGGACUACGGCCGCGGCAAGAUCUGCGUCGAGUUCCAUCCCAAUGCCGAAUCAGGUCCUCUGCGAGAGCACAAGCUCAACAUGGACUUUGAAGCCAAUUUGCGCACACUCUGGCUUAGCCGUCGCGAACAACCGAGCGCAAGCACCACACUGUUCAUAGCCACUCUCCCCAAAGCAGCCGUCAAGCCCUGCCCUUCACUCGCCAAGAGCAGCAGGGUCCUCAAAAAUCAGCAGACGAUCGACGAGCUGAAAACCAGCAUCGCCCUCAAGAGACAAGAAAAGGGAACGGCCAAAGCCUCACCGCCGGCCACCAACACAACCAACGCAGUCAACACCACCAACAAUGCCCCCCCGAGCGACGGCCCCAAACUAUCCGUACUUGACCGGAUCCGGCUCAAAUCCCAGUCCCAGACCGCGGGGACCGGCGGGCCUACGCCGGCGGAACUGCAGCGGCGGGCAGCGCUGCAGCGGGCCGCGGACGUGGCGGCCGUGAUCGGGAUGCUGUGCAAGGCGACGGCGGCACAGGCGCGCAUGGCCUUCACCAUGGCGGCGCUGCAGGUGCGGCUGCGGGACUCGUCGCGGACGCCCGUCUCGCACGAGGACGGCGCGGCGUGCGUGCGGCUCCUCGCGGCCGAGGUGGCCCCCCAAUGGCUGCGGGUCGUCACCGUCGCCGGCAAGGAGAACGUCGUUGUCCAGCCGGCGUUUCAGCCUAGCAAGGCCGAGGUGGAGGAGAGGGUUAAGGUCUUGUUGGGUGAAUAGGCCGGUUCAAGGGGUGUGUAUGUACGCGGUUGGGUAUGUCUGCGAUGAGUAGGGUAUGGGGCUGGUCAUUGGAUUGGGAGCGAGGAACCAGGUUGUGUUGCGCUUGCCGCUUGGUUGUCUGGCCGGAGUUGGUGGCGCUGGGGAUGAGCAUUGUUAGCAUUGUGUUUGUAAUAGGACCUGAGAUCCGUGGGCAUCAGCACAGAGCAGGAAGGCCUUGCGAACCGGAGAGUGUGUAGAACAAAGAGAGAGAGAAUAAG